UAUAUUUGUAGAUCUGUUAUAACGGUUCCGUUAAGAAAAGUUUUAGAGAGAGAAAGUGUGUGAGUGCGUGAACGUCAGGACCACCACACACUCACACACACACACACACACACAUGAUAAGAAGCUUUCAAACGGAAUCACUGCCAUCGCCAGCGUACUCGUCAUCAUCAUCAUCGCCACCAUUUUCUCUCUCUUCUCUCUGAAACUAACAAAACAGAAAAAUAAAAUCACAGAAGAUAUUAUUCUCCAUUCAAGAUCGAAUUAAUUAAGUGCCGGUUGUAGUCGAUGAGUGAUCCGGUAGCGGUUAUGGAGGUUGCGCAACCGUUAGAUAGUAAUAAUAAUAAUAAUUCUGGAUCGGCGAAGAGGAGGAAGGUCGGCAAUGGAGAAUUGAGGUUAUCGUCAUCAAAACCGGUACGAAUUACAGGAUUUGAGUCAUUUGACAGUGAUGACGUCAUCAAUACAUCGAAGAAAUUAUCUGAUUCUGUUGAGAAAGAAGAAUUGACGUCCGAAGGUGAUAUUCCGGCGAGUUGUUGUUCGGUUAACGCAGAUCUGGAGGAAACAGCUGAAGCAACAAGUGUGAGAUGCAAUUUGGCGAGAAGAGAAAGUUUUCCUGUACAACAAGUUAUCAAAACGCACUCUCUCUCUAUGGCCGAAAAACCGUCGGUGUUGACUAAUUCUCGCCGGAGAGUUCCGCCGGAGAAGACGCCACCUGCCGCUGAACUUGAAGAAUUUUUUGCAGCUGCUGAAAAAAACCUACAGAACCGUUUCAAAGAAAAGUACAAUUACGACGUCGUAAAUGAUGUGCCGUUGAAAGGUCGAUUCGAGUGGAUUCAGCUGAAGCCGUGAAAGAUGAAGAUAAUUAAAUGAUUUAGAACUAAAGGCGUUGUAAAAACUGUUUCUAAAAUUUAGAAUUUAGAAACAUAGGUACAGUAGUACGGUAGUAGUGGUAUUUGAUCAGUUUAAUUUAUGGUUUAUUAUUAUUUUUUGUUAACUUGAAAUUAAUUAUGUUAUUGUCCAUUUUCA